AUGGCUUCUUCUCGGCUCUUCCAGCCACUCAAGAUUGGCAAAUUGACCUUAUCCCAUCGCGUGGGGCUCAGCCCUUUAACCCGCUACCGAGCUUCGGAUGACCACGUUCCCCUGGAGUUUGUUAAAGAAUACUACGGACAGAGAGCUUGUGUCCCUGGAACUCUGCUGAUCACCGAGGGCGUGCUUAUCUCCCCCGAAGAUGGCGGCCACGCCAACGCCCCGGGAAUCUACAACCAGAGACAAAUAGACGCUUGGAAGGAGGUCACGGAUCUUGUCCACGCCAAAGGCAGCUACAUUUUCUGCCAGCUCUGGGCUCUCGGCCGCGACGUCUACGCCGACGUCGCCGCCGCGGAGGGAAUCAAGAUCGUCAGCUCGGGCAACAUCGGCCUGGACGAGGAGCGCCGGCCCACUCCGCUGAGCACCGUCGAGAUCCAAGACAGGAACGCCAUCGCCGCCGGCUUCGACGGCGUCGAGCUGCACGGCGCUAAUGGGUACCUGAUCGACCAGUUCCACUCCGACCGCACCAACAACCGGGAGGACGAGUACGGUGGCAGCGUGGAGAACCGCUCCCGUUUCGCCGUCGAAGCUGUGAGGGCUGUGAGUGAGGCCGUCGGGCCGGAGAGGACUGGGGUGCGUCUCAGCCCAUGGAGUACCUACAACAACAUGAGGAUGGCCGAUCCUGUCCCGCAGUUCACGGACGUCAUUCGGAAGGUGAACCACCUGGGAAUCGCAUACGUCCACCUCAUUGAGUCUAGGGUAGCCGGGAAUGUGGACGCCGAGGGCUCAGAGAGCCUGUCUUUUGCCUUCCAACAGUUCGAUGGGCCCGUCCUGUUUCCGGACAAAGACAUCGUCGUCAUGUUCGGGAGAUACUUCAUCUCCACACCCGACCUUCCUUUCCGAAUUCGAGAGGGCCUGAUUCCGAAUCCCUACAACCGGGAAACUUUCCAUGCGCCCAAGACAAAGAGUGGUUACAUCGACUAUCCAUUCAGUCAGGAGUUCUCAGCGAGCAUAAAUAACAAGGAAGAGACUAGAAAGCAGAGAUAG